AUGUUUACUAUUUUAUCCAUUGUAGCCUGUCUAUCAUUAGUGCAUAUUACAGACGCUCUCGUUCUGAAUGCUUCAUAUGUUGCAACUGAUGGUAUCCAACCAAAAUUGAUGGUAACUAAUUUAGCUACCAUCCUACGCAAUGCUGGUCUUAAUGUUGUGGAAGUUGCUGGCUGGACGACGCGUGGUCAUGGACAAAUGACUUCUGUAAAGAGUAUUGUUGUUCAUCAUACGGCUGGUCCAGCAAGUGGCGAUAUGCCUUCGUUGAACUUUAUUCGUGACGGUAGUACAAGUCUUCGUGGUCCACUCUCACAACUUGCAUUAGGCCGCACUGGUACAUGGUAUGUUGUUGCAGCAGGUCUUUGUUAUCAUGCUGGCGUAGUUACUGAUUCAUCACUAUAUUCGAAUGCCAAUGCUAUUGGUAUUGAAGCUGAAGGUACUGGUGUUCCAUCAACUAAUACUGGACAUACACAUUGGCCCGAAGCACAAUGGCAAAGUUAUGUACGUGGUGUUCGUGCCCUCAAGAAUGCUUUCAAUGUACCUACUUCACGUGUUAAGGGACACAAGGAAGUUGCAUCACCAUUAGGUCGUAAAAUUGAUCCAAACUUCUCUAUGGAUGAAUUUCGUGCUGCUCUCUAA